AUUUUUUUGAUAGAGUAAGGGUUACCCUCUUCCUACGAUUAACCCUCUGCUUCCCGAGUCUCCGUUCUUUCAAGCUUUCCGCCUGCUCUGACUUUCCGAUUCUACAAUUAACCCUCUUCCUUGUCCCAAUUUCUUCUUCCUCUCUCCAGGUAUAUCUCUUCCUCUCUUCUCCCAAGUUUAUCCAGCGUGGCGGCUUGGCUCUCCCACCCUAACUUACCACUCCUUCCCCGCACUCGACGCCCACUGGUAUUUCCUCGCCCUUAACGGCUACACAGAUAUCUACGGCGACUUCUCAUGUGCCACCGGGGUCAGCAACGGUCGGUUUGAGUAGGUUGUAAGGUGUAAUGUGUUUCCAGUAUUCCAGUUCGGUUUUGAUUUUAAUUUAUGUUUUAAGUUUUCAUUUUAAUUUCUGUGGGCACCCUUGUGUAAGGUUGUAGUUUUUCCAGGAUCUGGGUUUUGGCUUCUCAUUGUUAAUUGUUGUCAUUUGAAUAUAUAUACAUAUACAUGUGUGUGUGUAUUUGGUGAUAAAUAAAUUAUGUUUCACUUCCACAAAAACCCAUCAAAAUCUAUAAAAUUUUAAAAAAGAAUUCCACUAAAAUCCAUGGAAUUCUAUUCUUUAGAAUCCAUGGAUUCUAUGGAAUUUCAUCAUUGUCCUAUGAAAUCCACAAUCCUAAGAAAUCUUUUGAAAUCAAAGUCGGGGACACCCCCCCUUAGUUUUGUUUCAAUAAUCCAGAUAUGAAAUACUUCUUUUCUAAUUUACGAAUUUUUAGGUACACGUUAAAAAGCAAUUUACAUAUCUCAAAAACUGUCCAUAUACUCUUAGAUGCUACAUAGUUUUUUAGCCGUGGGGUUGUACAAAUCUUACUUAUAAGUAUUUGUUUUUAUCAUAUUUUUUUUUUCAAAUUUCUGUUUUAUAUAUUUUUAUUUUUAUUUUAUUGAUUGCAGAUUGGUUCGGCUGUGUUUUUCAUUUGUGAUUCUCUGUUUUUAAUGAUAUCAUCAGGAGUAUCUAUUUCAUUAAAAUGUGUAUCUUUGAACUUCUUGCUCAGAUUGACAGAUUCUCUUAGUAAAAAAGGAAAUAUUAUGCAUAGAAGAUGCUUGGUUAUGGUUUGAAAAAGUGGCAUUUUGGUUUGAUUGGGGAUAAUUUAACUAUCCUUAUCGCAUCAAUUAGGGUUUUGCAUUGUUCUGCACAAUAGAUGCUUUAGCGAUCAAUAUGGAUGUCUAUACACCUGGAGAGUGCUUUAUCUCUGUAACUUCUAAACUUCAGUUACUUUAAGUGGGAAAAUUGGCAAAGCAAACUUGCUUUAGUAUAUGUAGACAAAUAAAAUCAUACAGUUCCAAGAAUAAUUCACUCUUUUGGAUUUGUCAAAAACUUGUGGCUUUCAGUGAGGAAAUGGGUGAAGAGGAAAAUCCAAAAAUUACUAGAAGAGCCACUAGAUUAUCAGCAUCCUCGGUGGCACUAAAUUCAAAAGAUGUUCAGGUGGAGUUAAAACCUCUCACAAUUAACGAUCUUGCUUUUGGUAAUGAAUCCAUUACCUUUGAUGAAUUGAUGUCCACUUUACCGGGAAGGCAGGCCCAAAUCAAUGAAUUGUUGCGAUUACUAGGCCCCUUGAAUUCCCCAAUGUAUCCUCUUUUCUUGUACGGAGGAGCUUCAGUUGGGAAAACAAGCACAGUUCUUCAGACAUUCAAGCAUCUUAAGAGGCCAUUUGUGUACGGUAGCUGCAUAACUUGUUAUAGCCCCAGGGUCCUGUUCGAAUCCGUCUUAAACCAGUUGUUUCUGCACACAAGGACUGAAAGCAAUGGUUAUUCAAGUGCAAAACGGUGUAGUGAUAGGCCCUCGGAUUUUGUGAAUCUCUUGCGUGAAGCUCUGGUUAAGGUUGUUGAGGAUUUGAAGAGGAAUGAGGACAAAUCGGGAUCUCCAAGGACUGCUAAUGGCAGGAUGAUUUACUUGGUAUUUGAUAAUGUAGAGCUCAUCAGAGGAUGGGAUAAGCGUGAAAUAUUGCCUUUCCUGUUUAAACUUAAUGACAUUCUGAAGAUGCCGGAGGUCGGUUUGAUCUUUGUCAGUAGUACCUCUCCUGAUACUUAUUACACCGAUGACACGGGCUGUGUGGAGUUUGUUCAUGUUUACUUUCCUGAUUAUACAGAAGAUGAUCUUCGCCAAAUCUUUAUGAAGAACCAAGCAAAUACAAAACUGUACUCAUCAUUUCUAGGAGUGGUGCUCAAAUCUUUCUGUCGAGUCACGAGAAGAGUUGAUGAGCUAUCUGCUGCCCUUUCACCCUUGUUCAAGAUUUACUGUGAACCCCUUGAUGACUCAGGGGCUGUUCCUAGUAAAGAUUUUAUAAGUAUUUUGUUUAAUCACCUUAAACCACAUAUUGGGCCAUCCAUGAAUAAGGUCUUCAAUAUGUCAUCCCGGCCUGAAGCAGCAACCUCCAACGAUACCAACCACAAUAAGAAAGUAAAGAGUAAAGCCGCAUUUGCUGACUCUUCUGACUUUCACAUGUCUGUGUGUGCAAAGUAUCUUCUCAUAUCUGCAUUUAUUGCGUCAAGAAACCCAGCAACUCUUGAUGCCUCCCUGUUUGAUCCGACUGGAGGAUGUGGCAGUCGGAAAAAGAAGAGAAAGGUGUCUCAGAAAUCAGUGGAGCAGAAAGAGAUGACAGAGCAAGAAUCUAUGAUGAAAGGACCAGGAACUUUUCCUUUGGAAAGAUUAUUGGCUAUAUUUCAGUGUAUAACAUCUGUCUCUGAAUGUUUGCCUGAAGACGAAGAAGAACCAGGAAAAGAAGGAAAGAGUUGGAACAGUGGGUUGAUGUCUGAUGUUCUAUUACAGUUAUCAAGCCUCUGCAAUGCUAAUUUCAUCAGCAAAGGAGGAAGUUGCCCUCUAGAAGGUUCAACGCGGUAUCGAUCCUUGGUAUCCGAAGAUUUGGCUCUCAAGGUUGCUAGGAGCAUAGAAUUUCCUCUGUCAAAGUAUUUAUACAGAUGACAUAGCUGGUUCAUUGUAAGCUAGCUUUGCAAAUCUUGGCACUCCACAUCCUAUAAAAGAAUCCCAAAGAAGACCCCUAUGUGGUUUUGGUCGGUGGCACUAAAUGUCAGCCAGCUUAGUGAACAGCUAAUAUUGCAAUCAAGCUUAUCCAAUUAUUUGAAGCAAGAUUUCCAGAAGUGGGGUGUGAGGCUAGUGCCAACACAUAUUGCUGCUGUUGUUGUGCAAGUGUUGUGUUUCUGUAUCCUUUAAUUAGUUGAGUAAACAAGGAAGGUGGUCCUGUGUUAAAGGAUCCCUUAAUUUCCGGCUGCUGCAAUUUAAUACACCCUAAGUUGUUUAUACAUAUUCAAAAAUAUUUAGUUUGGGAAUUUAUAAAAAUAUUUAUAUAUCCUCUGAAAAUUGAGAGUUGAUAGUUGGGAUUAAUAAAGAAAGGUCAACUGUAGUUGUGAUUAUUUAAAGCUUACGCAUAGUUCACA